AUGUCUCUCUGGACGCCCUACGCCGACGACUCAGCGCUUGACCUCACAGUGAAGUGCAAACCUGAAAGGAUUUCUCCGGCUCCCUUCACUGACUUCCAUUAUCAGUAUCAGAGCUCGGCAGCGAGUGUCAAUCCCUAUCCUUACAUGACCUACCCUCAACCCAUGUACGUGCCGGUGGCCGAGUCCUCUCCACUCUCAUCGUGCUCGGGCUACAUCCCUCAACCAGCUCUCAGCCCUAUGAGGACGGGUGUCAUAUCUCCUCCAGAUUCCCCCGUGUCCGUCAAUGACAGGAAACGUCCUGCGUACAUGAUGGAUGUGGACUCACUCUCGGAUGAUCCUGACUUCCAAGCCUUCGAACGAGACGCCAUCAGAGCCAUGGCGGAGAAGAACGGGGGAACUCUCCUCGGCAACAACCCUCGUAUGAGACGAGCGGUGCAGACGACUCAGAACGCUGAUGACUCUUAUAGAAAACAGAGGGAGAGAAACAACUUCGCGGCGAAACAGAGCAGAGAUCGAAGGAAGCUGAGAGAGAUUCAUCUCGCGUUAAAAGUUACGUACUUGAAAAACGAAGUCGCCAAACUCAAGUCUCUCCUGGCGACGAGCUCCUGCCCUAGAUGCCGCCAACCUUGCCUCUGCUAGGACACUUCUUUAGAGUUACUUUAUUUAUUGUAAACUUAUCAGUCAGUAGUUGUA